AUGACUGAAGAGCUGCUGGAGAAGGCACGGGCGCAGUUCCACCGUGGGGAUGUCGUUUUCCUCCACCACGUCGUGGCAGUUUGCUUCCCAGAGCUCUGCACAGUCAAAGCAGCCCGCAAAGCCCUACGCCAGGGCCAUGUGCUGGUGAAUGGCAGCGAAGAACGUAGCCAUGAUGCACUUGCGCCGCCACCAGGGAGUCAGCUGACAGCCUGCCUCGGAAGUGUGGAUGCCUUCAUUCCAGACGUGGAGGCUGUGCUGCGGACCUUCAACGCAAAAUCCGAUCGCUUGGAAGCUAGAAUCCGUUUGCUGCGGGAGAGUCGUGUUUCUGGCUGGGCCGUCGUGAACAAACCAGCAGGCCUUCACUGUCGGCCCUGUGGGUUCAAUGGAAAGCUUCUGACACUGGAGGACUACCUUCCGGCAGUGGUGGGGCCGCCUCUGGCUGGAAGUCAUUGCAAAGGUCCUCGAGCCUGCCAUCGCUUGGACUUCCGUGUUGCAGGCCCAGUGGUGGUCGCGACAAGCCAGGAAGCAAUGCGCAGCAUCAAAGCAGCGUUUGAGAACCGACGGGUGAAGAAAGAGUAUCGCGCGAUCGUCUGUGGCUGCCCUGCGCAGCCCGGAGAACGCUUGCAAAUCUCAGCUCCAGUCGAAGGAGAGGAGGCAACGACAGAGCUAGAAGUCCUUCAGGUUGUUCCCUGCCCUCAUUAUGGUAAUUUGUCAGAGCUUCGGCUUGUUCCCAUCACUGGGCGACAUCACCAGCUGCGACAGCACUGCGCAGAAACCCUGGGCACUCCAAUCGUCAACGAGGAGAAGCCGCUGUUCAACACAGCUGCGGGCGCAUGGCAGAAGCGAACUGGGAUUCCUUUGCCUCCCUACUUCUCGAGGGGCAGGGGCUGUUUGUUUCUACAGGCCACCCAGAUAAGUUUCCCAGAUCCUUGCAAAGACUCUGCAGAGCCUGCUGUCACAGUGCAAGUGCCAGUCUCCCAGCGCUUUGAGCGGCUGCUUCGAACAUCGGCGCGGGCUUUUCAGGAGGGCUGGCGCUCUUCAGGCGAUGGGCAGACCUAUCGAGCAGAUGCGUCUUCAAAAGAUUGCCCAUGUACAGUCCUGCCAUUGGAUGGCAGCGUGGGAAAGGGGGAUUCGAAAGGUGGAUAUUUAGAGUCAGCUGACGUGGAAAAGGCGACCAUCAUUCAUACAUUGAGAUUGAGAUGCGCUGCAGACAUUCUCCGUAUGGACCCGUUGAAGCUAACGUCCGGCAACCAUUGGUAG